GCCACGCCUCACAUUUCGCCAUUGGAAGAAAUCAGACGCUGCUCUCCUACGAGCUUCCAUUUAUCACUUCGGGGAGGAAGAGCUAGGUUUCCACCAAACCUGCUUCUUGAUCCUCUAGGUACAUAUCUGCAAUUUCUUCAUACCCAUCAAUCAAGAUGGCUGGGGCAUGCGUUCAAUCUGUCACCCUUCCAGCUGGUUUGGCUAGCAUUGGCCGCAGUCGAGGCUCUAGGGGUUCCCGAAGAGCCGCCAGGAUGCUCUGUAGUCCCCGUUUAUAUCCUCUUAGGUUCCAAGGAUAUUCUGGAUUGCGGUAUUCUAAUGUAUUAGAUCAUAAUUCCAAAUCUGGAUAUGCUUUUCAUUCAAUGGUAGCGGCUUAUAUCUCCGCUCCAAAGGGAAAAGCUAUAAGGGGCGUUGCUGUGGCUAUGUUUGAGCGUUUCACAGAGAAGGCCAUUAAAGUUAUCAUGCUUGCACAGGAAGAAGCUAGAAGAUUAGGGCACAAUUUCGUAGGAACUGAACAGAUAUUGCUAGGUCUUAUUGGUGAAGGAACGGGGAUUGCGGCUAAAGUUCUGAAAUCCAUGGGUAUAAAUCUGAAAGAUGCUCGGGUCGAAGUGGAAAAGAUUAUUGGGAGAGGCAGCGGGUUUGUUGCUGUUGAAAUACCAUUUACGCCACGUGCAAAACGGGUUCUAGAACUCUCCUUGGAAGAAGCCCGUCAACUAGGUCAUAAUUACAUAGGUUCAGAGCAUUUACUACUUGGAUUGCUUCGCGAGGGUGAAGGUGUGGCAGCUCGUGUGUUGGAGAGCCUUGGAGCCGACCCAAGCAAUAUUCGGACACAGGUUAUUCGGAUGGUUGGUGAGAGCACAGAAGCUGUUGGUGCUGGAGUUGGAGGGGGAAGCAGUGGGAAUAAGAUGCCAACACUUGAGGAGUAUGGCACUAAUCUUACGAAGUUGGCUGAGGAGGGUAAGCUUGAUCCUGUUGUAGGAAGGCAGCAGCAAAUAGAGAGGGUUACCCAGAUUUUAGGUAGGCGAACAAAGAAUAACCCUUGCCUAAUUGGAGAGCCUGGAGUUGGUAAAACAGCCAUUGCAGAAGGGCUAGCUCAACGCAUUGCAAAUGGGGAUGUGCCAGAGACAAUUGAAGGAAAGAAGGUGAUCACUCUUGACAUGGGCCUUCUUGUUGCCGGCACAAAAUAUCGUGGAGAAUUUGAAGAAAGGUUGAAGAAAUUAAUGGAAGAAAUCAAACAGAGUGAUGAGAUUAUACUCUUUAUUGAUGAGGUCCACACAUUAAUUGGAGCAGGAGCUGCGGAGGGUGCAAUUGAUGCCGCAAAUAUCUUGAAACCUGCACUUGCUAGAGGUGAACUGCAGUGCAUUGGAGCCACUACACUUGAUGAGUAUCGAAAGCACAUAGAAAAAGAUCCUGCAUUGGAAAGGAGGUUUCAACCUGUUAAAGUACCUGAACCAACAGUCGAUGAAACAAUUCAAAUUCUAAAAGGACUUCGCGAGCGCUAUGAAAUUCACCACAAACUUCGCUACACGGAUGAGGCUCUCAUUGCUGCUGCACAGUUAUCUUAUCAGUAUAUCAGCGAUCGAUUCCUACCAGAUAAAGCGAUCGACUUGAUUGAUGAGGCUGGUUCUCGCGUUCGACUUCGACAUGCUCAACUCCCUGAGGAUGCCAGAGAACUGGACAAGGAGCUCCGACAAAUCACCAAAGAUAAGAAUGAAGCUGUUCGCAGCCAGGAUUUCGAGAAGGCUGGUGAGUUGAGAGACCGAGAGAUGGAGCUGAAGGCCCAAAUCUCUGCCCUCAUCGACAAAGGCAAGGAAAUGAGCAAAGCCGAGAGUGAGGCCGGCGACGCCGGCCCCAUCGUCACCGAAGUAGAUAUCCAACAUAUCGUAUCCUCCUGGACCGGAAUUCCCGUCGAGAAGGUCUCCAGCGACGAAUCCGACCGCCUUCUCAAAAUGGAAGAAACACUUCACCAGCGCGUCAUCGGCCAAGACGAGGCCGUCAAGGCUAUCAGUCGCGCCAUUCGUCGCGCUCGUGUCGGCCUAAAAAACCCUAACCGCCCCAUUGCCAGCUUCAUUUUCUCCGGCCCCACUGGCGUCGGCAAGUCGGAGCUUGCCAAGGCCCUUGCCGCCUACUACUUCGGCUCCGAAGAUGCCAUGAUUCGCCUCGACAUGAGCGAGUUCAUGGAACGCCACACCGUCUCGAAGCUCAUCGGCUCCCCCCCCCGGGGCUACGUUGGCUACACCGAAGGUGGCCAAUUGACCGAAGCCGUUCGCCGACGUCCGUACACCGUUGUUCUUUUCGAUGAGAUUGAGAAGGCUCACCCGGACGUCUUCAACAUGAUGCUCCAGAUCCUAGAGGACGGCCGGCUCACCGACAGCAAGGGCCGAACCGUUGACUUCAAGAACACGCUUCUGAUCAUGACGUCGAACGUCGGCAGCAGCGUGAUUGAGAAAGGAGGGCGGAGAAUCGGCUUUGAUCUAGACUAUGAUGAGAAGGACAGCAGCUAUAACAGAAUCAAGAGCCUGGUGACUGAGGAGCUGAAGCAGUAUUUCCGGCCAGAGUUCCUGAACCGGCUCGAUGAGAUGAUCGUGUUCAGGCAGCUGACGAAGCUGGAGGUGAAGGAGAUCGCCGACAUCAUGCUGAAGGAGGUGUUCCAGAGGUUGAAGACGAAGGACAUUGAGUUGCAGGUGACUGAGAGGUUUAGGGAUAGGGUUGUGGAAGAAGGGUAUAGUCCGAGCUAUGGGGCGAGGCCAUUGAGGAGGGCGAUUAUGAGGCUUUUGGAGGAUAGUUUGGCUGAGAAGAUGCUUUCUGGGGAGAUAAAGGAAGGGGAUUCAGCGAUCGUCGAUGUCGAUUCGGAUGGAAAUGUUACGGUGUUGAACGGUAGCAGCGGCGCGCCGGAGACGAUUAGUCCGGCGAUGUCGAUCUGACGCAAUGCAGCUUUUCGGCGAGAUGGGGUGUGGUUUAUGUUGAUGUAGAAUGAAUGUGUAGUAAACUGGUUGUAAGACUUUUAAUUGAGUGUGGAGAAGAGGGUUCUAUGCAACCUGGAGAUGAGUUCUGGGGUUAGGUUUAAAUAGGGUUUAAUGAAAUAAUAAUGCAGUUAGGUAAAGUAUGGUGAAUGAUGAUGAUAUUUUUAUAGUUAAAAGUUUGUUGUUUUAAACAGUGCAA